AUGUCUGGAGGUGGUGGUAAAGACAGGAUCGCGGUUUUCCCGUCGAGAAUGGCGCAAACGUUGAUGAAGACCCGUCUGAAGGGAGCUCAAAAGGGUCACUCGCUUUUGAAGAAGAAGGCCGAUGCUUUGAAUCUCCGUUUCCGUGACAUCCUCAAGAAGAUUGUGGAGAACAAAGUUCUCAUGGGUGAGGUUAUGAAGGAGGCCGCCUUCUCCUUGGCCGAAGCCAAGUUCACCGCCGGAGACUUCUCUCAUACCGUCAUUCAGAACGUCUCCCAGGCUCAAUAUCGUGUGCGCAUGAAGAAGGAAAACGUUGUCGGAGUCCUUCUGCCAGUCUUCGACGCUUACCAGGAUGGACCAGACGCCUACGAUUUGACUGGUCUGGGAAAGGGAGGAGCCAACAUUGCUCGUCUGAAGAAGAACUACAACAAGGCUAUCGAAUUGCUCGUCGAGCUUGCCACCCUUCAAACCUGCUUCAUCACUUUGGAUGAAGCUAUCAAGGUUACCAACAGACGUGUGAACGCCAUCGAGCACGUCAUCAUUCCACGUAUCGAGAACACUCUCACCUACAUCGUGACCGAGUUAGACGAAAUGGAGAGAGAAGAGUUCUUCCGUAUGAAGAAGAUUCAAGCCAAUAAGAAGAAACUGAAGGAGCAGGAGGCCGCACAGAGAGCUUUGGAAGGACCGCCGAAGGAAGAAGCCGGAGGGACGCAUUCAGAGAAUCAGCCACCUCGGAACUUGCUCGCUGUCGAGGAAGAUAAUUUGCCGGUUCUUUUCAACUAA